UUGCAUUUUCGUUUGGACCUAUUUUGCACAACAGUUGUGAUAAAUUAAUGACAAUAAUGUAUAUUAUUCAUAAUAUAUAAAUUGUAAAUAAAUUGCUCAAUAAUGUUAGUGUUUUCAUUAUCUAAACAAUUGCUAUAAUAAUUUUCAUCAAAAGUGUAUCUAAAAUUUAUCAAAUCAUUUCAUAAAGUCUCAUCAGAUUUGUUUAUUUUUUUUUUUUUAUUUCAAUUAAUGUUUUCAUAAACACAAUAGAUGUAUAAUUUAUCAUAUUUAUCUUUAAAUGUUUUUAACAAAAAUUUUCAACAAUAAAUUCUACGCAUGUGCAAGUAAAUAAUUUUUGAGCAACCAACAAAUAUAUUCACAUUUUAGUUGACCUUCAGGCUAGACAGUUCUAGAAUAAGACAGAAUUAGACAGUUUGUGUCAUCAAAUAAAUAAGCAAGGCUUCUUUAUUAUUAAAUCACAAUUCAUAAACACAUGGUGAUAUUUUUUUAUAUGCAAAAUUAAAUAAAGAAUUAUAUAACAAAAUUUUUUAAACCAUGGAUAAUAUUGAAAUAACUCAACCAAAAUUGGAGUUUUGGAAAAAGAAUAUACACUUGAAAACUGUUGAUGUAAUAAAUUAUGCGACACAAGGAAUAGGAUUGGAUUUGAAUAAUGACAGACAAAAUAUUAUUGAACGUUGUAUUGAUGACCUUGUCAAUGAAGAAGCAUCACGUUUUAUUCCAACUCCAGAAAAUAUAAGAACAAAGGACAAAUAUAUCAGCAUUAUUUAUCAAGGUGAAGGGAAGCAACAUUAUGAUAAUAAAGAACAUGAUGAAUGUUGGAUAAAAUAUACAAAAGCAAUUGCUUAUGCAUUGCCAGAUAGUCUUGAAUUAACAUGGGCAUAUUUAAAUCGCAGUGGUGCACUUUUUAAAGCUAGUAUGUUUGAUGAUUGUCUCAAGGAUCUUGACAGACUCAAACAUAUGAAAAUAUUUCCAGAUGAUGCAAAAUUAUUAGCUCAUGUACGUGCAUUAAAAAGUCAUAAAAUUAUUGCUGAUCGUGAAUUUUCACUAUCAUUGAGGCGUGCUAAUAAUAAUGAAGCUGCAGACCAGGUGGACAAAGAUAGAAUACUAUCUUUGAAAUUAAAUUAUGAAAUUCUUCCAGUUAUAUUGGAAAGAAAUAAUCCAGAAGUAUCAAGUUUAUCUGAUUCAACACAAUUAAAUUAUUCACGUGAAUAUGGUCGUCAUAUAAUAGCAAAAGAAGACAUUCAAGUUGGUGAAGUUAUUGGUGUUGAGUAUGCAUAUGCCAGUAAUAUUGUUCAAGAUUUAAAAUAUAAUUUUUGUGGUUAUUGUAAGAAACAAUCAUGGUCAAGUAUACCAUGUAAUAAUUGUGCUCAUGUUGUUUAUUGUUCUGAAAAUUGUAAAAUUAAUGCUGAUAAUGAUUAUCAUAGAGUUGAAUGUAAAAUUAUACCAUAUCUUUUAGCAUUUGGAAUAAAAGAUAAAUAUUUAUUGGCAUUGAGAAUAGCAAUUAUGGGAAUGUUAGAAGGUCCAGAUAAAAUUCCAACAAUCGAAGAUUUAUUAUCAUUUGCGCCAAGAACUAGAGGUUUUAUGAAUGGUCGACUUAGACCAGAUGUACAUACGAGUGUUGCAUUCAUGCAAACAUCAAUAUCAAUAAAUUUAAUUGAUCAAGAAUGUGUAUCACUUGCUGAUUGUUUUAUUAUGUCAUAUUUUUUAUUGAUACACAUGGAUAGUUUACCAAGUGGCCAUGAUGGUGAUUUACAAGAUUUAAAAAGCAGAAAAGAGUUCAUGAACGUUGUUGAACUUAUUGAUAAAUCUGUGAGAGUUUUAAUGAACAAUGGCCAUGAAGUAUUGAUGCCACAAACUGAUGAUAUAAACCAACAAAUUCAUAUGGGUAGUGCUUUGAUUGUACCAUUUAGUUUAUUCAAUCAUAGUUGUCAACCAAUGGUCAUCAUAAGUCGUCAUGGUGAUCAAUUUAUCAUGAAAGCAUCAUGUCCAAUUAAAAAAGGACAACAAAUAUUUACAAAUUAUGGAGUUACAUGGUAUUGUCAUGACAAACAAACGAGACAAGAAUUUUUAAGUUUCUAUAAUUUUACAUGUAAAUGUGAUGCAUGUUGUGGUGAUUGGAUUUUUCAUGAUAAAAAAAUUGUUGAUAAUAAUAAAAUAAAUAAUGAGAUAUUUCAAACACUGGACGAUUUAGCAAAUGUUGUUGAAGAAUGCCAGUUACUUAAUAAAUCAUUGCACUAUUUAACUGAAAACAAUUCAAUUAUAAAACCAGACGAGCUUGAGGUUUAUUCAGUAAUUUUGAAUGAGUCUUAUAAGUUUUCCAAUAUUAAUUCACCUCAAGCUGUUAAAUUAUUAUAUUUAUUGAGUAAUUUUGUUGAACUUACUCAAGUAGCAUUCAUUCGAUUGUAUCAUUAACAAUAUUUGUAUAUACAACAAAAAAAUAUUUUCACAAAAUUGCAUCAUCUUCAGCGAGAAAAAAAAAA